AUGGACCGUCUUGCAUAUUUCUUCUUAUUCUCAUUUAUACUGCGAUUCACCAUCCAACAUCCUGGAUUGUUAGCAACGCAACAUAGAGGAUUGUCACUAAAUACUCCAAAGCCUGAAUACCAGCUAGAUCCAAAUUUCGAAAUCAAUUCCAAAGGCAUCACACGUAAAUUUGUGUUAGAGGUAACAAACAUCACAGCUUCCCCAGACGGGUUCUUGCGCCGUGUUUUAGUGAUCAAUAAGCAUAUGCCCGGGCCAUUGAUAGAAGCUAAUGAUGGUGAUAAUCUCGAAAUAACCGUCAUCAAUCAACUUGAUAGUCCUUUGAGUUUUCAUUGGCAUGGACUUCACCAGAAUGGAACAAACUGGGAGGACGGAAUCACAGCUGUCACGCAGUGCCCAAUUCCAGCCUCAGGUGGCCGAUACACUUAUAAAUUUCAAUUGAGAAAACAAUACGGCACAUUUUGGUACCAUGCUCAUCACCAAAACCUCAAAGCUGAUGGAAUCUUGGGACCGCUGAUUAUUCAUUCACCUGAGGACCCUUUGAAGCGCGGCGUCGACUUUGACCAAGAGAUUGUCUUGAUCUUGACAGAUUGGUAUCAUACGAUGUCUUCCGAAAUUGUUCGACAGAUGCGUUCGCCCAAAGGUUAUAUGGGUAGUGCAGCAGCUCCUAGUCCUAACUCAGCAUUGAUGAAUGGUGUAGGAGAAUACAACUGUCGAUUUGCGACUAAAUCAGAAAGAUGCAAAACUACCUCACCACCAGAAUUCUCUGUGGUAGCAGGUAAUAAAGUUCGCUUUCGGAUCAUUGGUGGUGGAUCUCUGGCAAUGUUCUACUUUUCAGCAGAUCAACAUGUGUUGAAUGUGACAGAAGCUGAUGCAACGCCUGUUCAUGGGCCCACCGGAAUCCAUAGGGUCAAACUCCACAAUGGUCAGAGAUACUCAGCAAUUGUGACUAUUGGAGAAAAGGAGGCAGGAAGUAGCUUCUAUAUAAGAGGAACUAUGGAGUCUGAUUGCUGGUCAUGGGUCAACAAUGAUGUUCAACUGACUGCGUAUGGCAUAGUAAGAGUGAGCGCAAGCAACGGCUACAUAGAUCCUCGAUCCUCCCAGGAACGCCCAGUUUCAAGAGAUUGGAAAGAGCAACCCGACGGAUCCUGUGUAGAUUUAAAUCCAAAUGAACUCUCACCUAUCAUUCCCGUCUCGCCACCCAAAAAAGUUGCUGGCACUGGACAAUUUACAAGUGCAUUUGGCUUUCGAUCCAUUUUCAACAGCUCUCAAAUCGCGCCAGAUGCUGCACCUCCUACUCCUGGUACAGUAAUUCCAGGAAUGAAAAAAAGACAAGUACAAAUUACUACAGCAGAUGGUUCUGCUCCUCGUGGAAAUGCACCACUUCCGGCACCCAUCACUCUAAACGCAGGUCCGCCUCCUAUUCCUAAGAACGGAGUAGCUCGUUGGUUUGUCAACAAUGUGACAUGGGAAGCUUUUACAUAUCAACCUAUCCUUUUUGAUCUGACACCUGGUGGUGUAGGACGCGUGAAUGAAACUAGAGUAACGAGUGUGACGUUUCCAACCGCAGAGUGGUAUGACUUAUAUCUAGUUAAUACAGACGCAGGUUUAAAUCACCCUUUCCAUUUGCACGGAAUGGACAUGCACCUUGUGGCAUUUGGUACAGGAUUACCUACACCUGAUGUGUUGAGCAAGCUGCAAUACCGAACUGAUAAUCCACUCAGAAGGGAUACUGUCAUGGUUGAAGGGGGUUCAUUUGUUGUAGCUAGAGUAAGAGCAGAUCUGGUCGGUGUUUGGAUGAUGCAUUGUCAUAUGGGAUGGCAUUUAUCUGGAGUUGUACACCCUGAUGAUAUUAAAAAGAUGAAAAUCCCAGAGCGAAGUCGAGCUAUGUGUAAUGUGCCAGGUGGUGGUUCACGUGAUCAAACUCAGCCUGGUCGUUAA